AUGUCUACAUCAACAUCAGCAGAAGGAAGUACUUCUACCCAACCAAUAUCACAAACUCAACUUGCUCAAAGUAGAUGGGAGAGUGCACAAGAAAAAGCAUUUCUUAGUUGGGUUAAUUCUUUAUUAUCAAAAAAGAAUUUAAAGAUUGAAAAUAUUUCAACUGAUUUUUCUGAUGGUACUAAAUUAAUAUAUUUCUUAGAAUUGGUUUCAAAUAAAAAAUGUAGAAGAAAAUUUAACCCAGAACCAAAAGAUAAAAUUAAUAGAAUUCAAAAUAUUACAAUUGCAUUAUGGUUUAUUGAAGAAGAAUUAGAUAUAAAGAUUAGAAGUAUUUCAUCAAUUGGUGCAGAAGAUUUUUAUGAUGGUAAUAAAAAGAUGAUAUUUGGAUUUUUAUGGUCAUUAUAUAGAAAGUUUAGAAUAUUAGGUAUUCGUGCCAAUGGUGGUAGUGGUGGUGAAUCAUCAUCAUCACCAUCUUCCAAUAAUCAUCAAGUGUCAAUGGAACAAACAGAAGCAGAGAAUAAUUUAUUAGCAUGGUGUUCAAAUUUAACAGGUAUGAAUGUCACACAAUUUAAAAAUGGUUUUAAAGAUGGUUUAGCAUUUUUAUCAAUGGCAAGACAGUUCUCACAAUUCCCAUCGAGUACAUCGGAUUUGGCAUUGGAGGGUGCCAAUUUGAGGGGCGGGGUGUUGGGGAGCGAGGAGUUGUCGUUCAGCCAGUUGGACGGCUUGGAGGGAUUGGAUUCAAUUGCACGUUUGAAUGCGGUAUUUGAUUUUGCAGAAAAGAAUCUCAAUAUCCCCAAAUUGUUGGAUGCCGAGGACCUUGUCAAUGGCAAUGCCGACGACCGUACCGUGAUGUUGUACACAUCCAUGUUUUACAAUGCCUAUGAGAUGGCCACAAAGAAAGUGGUUUCAAAAAAAGAGAAAUCUGAAAACCAAUUGCUAUUGGAGCAAGUCAAAGAAUUGGCAGAGCAAGAGCGUGUUAAUAUCAGUAAAGAGUUUCAUUUGGAAUCAAUGUUAAAUAUGUACACACAGGAAUUAUCAAAUCAAAGAUUCGAACGUUUGGUAAUGGAACGUAUGAUAAAGGAGCAAGAGAAUCAAUCAUUAUUAAAUAAUCUUUUAUUAUUAAGAGAUCAAUUAGAAGAUCAUCAAAUUAAAUUAUGUAAAUUACAACAAAAUGUUCAAGAGGAAGCAACUGGUAAACGUGCUCCAUUAUGGGGUUGUCCUUUAAUCUCUGCUGAUCUCUCAAAAGAUCAAUUUGAACAAAUUCAACUUUUAGGUGAUCUCCUAGAAGAGGAAUCAAAUCGUAUCAAUAGAAUAGUUCAAGUUUCUGAAGUAAAACCAAUUAGUUUUUUAAAAAAUAAAUUUCAAAAUAAAAAUAAUCAAAUUGAUCAUGAUGAUGAUGAUAAUAAUAAUAAUAAUAAUAAAAAAAAUAAUGAUGACGAAGAUGAUAAUAAUAAUAAUAAUACUACUACAUAA